CUCGCCUACUGGACAUUUGGCUCGCCGGCCAAUCCGGCGGUCCUGAUUCCGUCAUCUUUUCGUAGCGUGUUGGCAACGACGACACCCUUCUUAUACUCGAGCGCAGGCGGAGGAGCGGCGCCGCCUUUUCCCCCCGACAAGUUCUUCGUAGUUGUGACAUCCCUGCUCGGUGCGGGCGAGUCGUCAUCACCGUCCAACACGCCGGCGCCCUGGAGCGGGCCAAACUUCCCGCGCGUCAGCUUUGAAGACAACGUAGUCCUGCAGCACGCGCUGCUGACGGAGAAAUUGGGCGUGCGCCGGCUCUUCGCGGAAGUCGGCUUCUCGCUUGGUGGCAAGCAAACAUACCACAUGCUGUCGCGCUUCCCGGGUUUCGUCGAUAACGCCGUCGUCAUUGCCGCCAGCGCGCGUACCAGCCCGCAUAACUGGUCCUUCAUCGAGGGCCCGCGCCUCGCCCUCGUCACCGCUUUUGACUUCCACGGCGGCAACUACACCGAGUACCCGUCCCACGGUAUCAAGGCCUUCUGGCGUGCCUACUCGACCUGGGCACUGUCCCAGGAGUGGUUCCGCGCGCGUGCCUGGGAGCGGCUCGGCUACAAAACGCUGCUCGGCUAUCUCGGUGACGCCUGGACCAGGGACAUGGACGCCAAUGACAUCCUCGUACUUCUGUCGACGUGGCAGAAGGGCGACAUCUCUGUCUACCACCCCGAGGACGGUGGCGACCUGGCCAAGGCGCUCCACAGAAUAGAUGCGAAAGUUCUGGUCAUGCCAAGCCGCACAGACCAGUACUUCCCGCCCGCGGACAACGAGCUCGAGGUUGAGCACUUGAACAAGGGUAAACUCCGGGUUAUCGACAGUAUCUGGGGUCAUCUCGCUGGAGGCGGGUGGAAUAAAGAUGACGCAGAGUUCAUCAAGCAGGAGGUGAAACUUUUUCUUGGCCUAGAGUAG